GAUUAUCUUGGGGUUUUAACAGUAUCUCGUUUGGCAAAGGUGCUGAGUGCGCAUGAUAUUUUUUUCCUCGUAUUGGGUAUGAAGAAUGUUGUUCAAUCUGCAGCUUUGGAAAAGUAUUCUUUAAGCGUAUUCUUGCGUGUGGAGUUUGUCACUUCCAUAGUGAAGGAUCUCAAGGAGCUGAAGCCACCAUCACCUUCCAAACCACGGUCCUCGGUGCUAACGUUAAACCCUCAGGGUUACCCCACCGAGGCAGCUGCAAUAACUGAACUGAAGUUCAUUGAUGGCCCGCAAGAAUUAAAUUAUCGGGUGCUGUACAUACCGACGUUCCCAACCUUUCCGCUGGUGGACGGCUUUUUCUUUUUGAAGUCACCGCGGAAGACGCUGGUUGGGCUGCAGAUGACGACGGCGAGUGCGCAUCACACGAUAACCAGCACUGUGAAUCUGUUCACUGAGCACCUGUCGAAAUAUUUUGAUGGUUGGGAGAGAUUUGCUCAAGGAUUGUCGUGGGAUAUUAUUUAUAUACAACACGCAGACAGCAAGCCGAUGAAAAAUUGGCAGAGAUGUGAUUACGUCAAUUCCAGGAAUAAAACCGACGCUGAAAAAAAAAUUGUGGCGUUCUGGAACGGAAGGGUACACCAAUACCAGGUUAUUUUAAAAGGUAAAUUUCCUGAGGCAAACAAAUUUUCUCAUGACGGUCUACCUGAGGGGGAUAGAAAAGGCAAGAAAUUUGAAAAAAAUAAGUAG